AGCCCGACCCCUGACCUUCCUGGGGCUUCCGUCGAGCUGGUCGGUGGCCGCUGCCCGGCUGGGAAGCGUGGUGCUGCCGAUCCUGCUUCUCGGAAGAUGCACUAUUAUAGAUACUCCAACGCUGAGGUCAGCUGCUGGUACAAAUACCUUCUCUUCAGUUACAACAUCGUCUUCUGGUUGGCUGGAGUUGCUUUCCUUGGAGCCGGACUUUGGGCAUGGAGCGAAAAGGGGGUGCUGUCCGACCUCACCAAAGUGACCCGGCUGCACGGAAUCGACCCUGUGGUGCUGGUGCUGAUGGUGGGCGUGGUGAUGUUCACACUGGGGUUUGCUGGCUGUGUGGGGGCCCUGCGGGAGAACAUCUGCCUGCUCAAGUUUUUCUGCGGCACCAUCGUGCUCAUCUUCUUUCUGGAGCUGGCCGUGGCGGUGCUGGCCUUCUUAUUCCAGGACUGGGUGCGGGACCGCUUCCGGGAGUUCUUCGAGAGCAACAUUCGAUCCUACCGGGACGACAUUGACCUGCAGAACCUCAUCGACUCCCUGCAGAAAGCCAACCAAUGCUGUGGGGCGUACGGCCCUGAAGACUGGGACCUCAAUGUCUACUUCAACUGCAGUGGUGCCAGCUACAGCCGUGAAAAGUGUGGCGUGCCCUUCUCCUGCUGCGUGCCGGACCCCGCGCAAAAAGUUGUGAACACACAGUGUGGAUAUGAUGUCAGGACUCAGCUGAAGAGCAAGUGGGACGAGUUCAUCUUCACGAAAGGCUGCAUCCAGGCGCUGGAAGGCUGGCUGCCACGGAAUAUCUACAUCGUGGCUGGCGUCUUCAUUGCCAUCUCCCUGCUCCAGAUAUUUGGCAUCUUCCUGGCAAAGACCCUGAUCUCAGACAUCGAGGCAGUGAAGGCUGGCCAUCACUUCUGAGGAGCAGAGGGGAGCGAGCAGAGCUGAGCCACGCCGUGGAGGCCAGAGCCUUUCACUGUUGUCAACUUCACGUCCAGAGGGAGAGCAGCUCCGCCCCACCCGCAGCAGCACCACCUUCAGCAUCAGCUCUACGUGACCUCCGAGCCUGCUUGCUGGUGCUGAGGACCCAGAGCCCCCUCUCUACUGAAGGAACUUGUGAUCAGGAUCCCUGCAGGGGUCUCCCCAGAGACAGAAUAUGUGUUUAAGUGGGGGUGGCGACCAAGGGACUAUCGGCUCCUGUGGCUGCAAGGAGGGUUUGACCCUGUCCUCCUGGAGCCCAGUGUGUCUGCAGGGGCCCCGGCCUCCUCACCACUCGUGACAUUGGUGCUGGCCUGGAGGGCAGCCAUGUCUUUUGUGAGCAGGAUGUGGGCAAGGGACCAGCAGGUGUGGACAAGGCUUCUCCCAUCAGCGCAGGGGUGUUGCCUGUGACUAGGGAGGGGAGGGGAGCAAGUGGACCUCGGAGGCUGUCGGGGGCUACAGGAUCCUCAGCCAUGUCCAAGUGAAGUGAGCCUGAGCCAGUGCGUGGCUGGGUGCAGGGUGCCUGGCCUCUGUUCUCCCCUCCAAGAGCUGCCUGCGGUCUCCACAGCAUUACCCCCUGAAGGCACGAGGGACCGUGGGCAUGGUUCUCUGAGAGCGCUCUCUCCUUUUCUUAAAGUGUGUAAAUAGUUUAUUUAUAGGAGCAGGAAUGUUCUCGCACCAUCUCUGCAUUUCCUCGGGCGUUCUCUAAGCAGCCUUACACUGUCUCUGGGACCGAAGCCAUCCCUUUAGUUCCCUCGCGUGUCUGCAGAACCUGCCCAGUCAGCUUCUGCUUUCCAUCCCUGACAGCCCAGGUGCACCCAGCGCCCACACCCACUGCCCUCCCCAGCUUGGCCGCGCAGUCUUCUGGUCUUGGUGCUACUGAAACCGUCACCCGGAACUUGAAUACUGGUCCCUCCACGGCGAGGCCAGGGAGCCCCAGCCAGGAUGGCCCGCCCGAAACCUUCAGCCAGGGCUCCUCCAGGCCGCAUGCCGAGGGCCGGCUGGCCAGCCUGGCAUUGCCACUCCCUGCAGAGAAGCUCUGCCGACCACACCCCCCUGGCCUGCGGCCAUGGAGAAGCAGCUUGGGAUGGACAUUUUGUUGCUAACGUCUGGGGUGACUCCCUCCCCCCAACCGGGAUAGCUGUGGUUGCCCCGUCCACCCCUCCUGCCAGGGCUCUUCUGGGCUUGCUGAUGGAAAUGAAGUCUGUCCUGUAUCCAGAGCUCCCCGUGGGCAGCCGGGCGCCUGUGCAGCUUGGGCGGGCUCCUUUCCACUGCUUCUCUGGACUUGUGCCAGUUCUGUCCUUGUCGUUCAGGGAUUGAGUGCUGCCUUCACUGACUGGCCCGGUGUACACGCUGGUGUGGUGUCGACUGGUGGGUGUUUGUUGAUGAUAUUGUUAUAAAUUUUUUUCCUUUUUUACAAUUUUUUCUGUAGACUAGGGGAAGAAGAAUGCUUGCGUUUCUAGGAAGUGUGAUGCUUUUUCUUUGACUGCCAGACUCUUUUAUGGAAUAUAUGUUUAUAAUAAU